AUGUCUCAAACGGUAGAUCCAUUCUUCUGUUUUCAACUGCCCUUUGAUCGUCCGAAACAAGAAAGUCAACCAACUAUGAGAGAAGCUAAACCAUAUAAAUGUCAACAAUGUACAAAGUCAUUUGCUAAUAAUUCAUAUUUAUCACAACAUUUACGAAUUCAUUCUGGUGUGAAACCGUUUGGUCCUUGCAAAUUUUGUGGCAAAAGUUUUACACAAUUAUCCCAUCUACAGCAACAUCUUCGUACACAUACAGGUGAAAAACCUUAUAGAUGUAAAAUUGAUGGGUGUGGAAAAGCAUUUAGUCAAUUGUCGAAUUUGCAAUCACAUUCGCGAUGUCAUGAACAAAAUAAACCAUUCAGAUGUAACAGUUGUUAUAAAUGUUUCUCAGAGGAAAGUCAAUUGUUAGAGCAUAUUCCAAAACAUCAAGACUCUAAACAUUUAAAGAAACAUCUAUGUCGGUUUUGUGGGAAAUCUUAUGCACAAGCAGUAUAUUUAGAAAAACAUAUGGCAAAACAUUCUGAUAGGAGGGGAAAUAUAGGUAGUCAAGUUGAUCAUUUACACAAUUGGAAUCAACAAUUUAAUAAUCCAGGUGAAUUUUUAAGAUUAGGACAGUCGGCAAAUGCUGCGUUUAAUCGAACACAGGAACAAUUAGCACAUGCUACAGCAUCGCAAAGUAAUCUUAGUAGUGGAAACCUUGGUGGAGCCUCAAUUGCUUCAUCGACAUAUAACACAUACCAAACAACAACGCCGACAUUGGUUGCUGCUGCAGCCGCAAAUUCCGCGAUGAUGAAUCAACCUACCAUACCAUUAGAUCUUUUUAAUGGACCUGCGUUUAAUAUCAUAACACCAUUGGAAAAAAUUAAUCAAACAUACAACAAUGGAGGGUUUAGAUCAUGA